AUGUCGUCGUCGCCGGAGACGGAGGCCGGCAGCAGCAGCAGCAGCAGCAAGAAGUUCAAGGGCGUGCGGAAGCGCAAGUGGGGCAAGUGGGUGUCGGAGAUCCGGCUGCCCAACAGCCGCGAGCGCAUCUGGCUGGGCUCCUACGACGCCCCCGACAAGGCCGCGCGCGCCUUCGACGCCGCCUUCGUCUGCCUCCGCGGCCGGGGCGCGGCCGGGGCGGACCUCAACUUCCCGGACUCGCCGCCGCCGUGCCGCGCGGGAGGGUGCAGCAGCGACCCGCGGGAGGUGCAGGCGGCCGCGCUCUCCCACGCCAACCGCGCCGCCGUCACGGCCCAGCAGGCGGCCGCGGCGCUCAUCAUGGAUGACGCCGACGCCGCUGACGGCGGCUGCUCGGCGACGCCGUGGGACUACUACUACUCCGUGGCCACGACGUGGGCGGCGGCGUCCUUGGUGGCGCAGCUACCAGCGCGGCGGAGGUGGUGGCGCCCGUGCGCGCCGACGGGAGCAUCGACUGGCGGCCCGUCAUGGCGCACCCGCCGCCCCUCUUCUCCCCUACCGGCUGGGGCAGCAAUGCGUACGACUUCCUGCAAGUGCCACCGCCGGCGGAGGCGGUGGCCGACGAGGACAUGGAUGACGGUAUCCAUGGCGCAACCGCUUCUCUCUGGAGCUUCGACUCGAGAGACUCCUACUUCAGAUACUAGCAAAGCAAAGCUACAUCGAUAUCGUCUACAAUUCUACAUGCAUGCUGAUGCUGUACAAGGCUACGCUACAAGAUGGCGGCGCAUGCAUGCAUCUCGACAGCUAGCUUCAUGCACCCUGCAUUGCUACACGGCCGGGGCGCUAGAAAAGGUUGUAAUUUUAUGGCAUUCUCCACACUACUGA